CUACUGAAUGAUAUUUUCUGUAAAUCUCCGCUUGGCUGUAAUAUAAAUCUGUUGCACAGAUACUAAAUCUUGAUUUAUAUUUUGCAGCCUAAAAACAACAGCCAAAUGUAAAAACAUCGACGCCUUAAAAACUCACCACAUGUAAGUCGCUUUUAUUCUGAAGGUCGGGAACGGAAGUUGUUUUUGACGCCGGUGCGCUCGCGCCCCCCAGUCGCUUCAGGUCAGCACGAGACCAACCGUUCUCUAUUUUAAUAAUAAUAAUAAUAAUAAUAAUAAUCUGUCAAACUGUUUGUUAAAAUGUAAUAAAUUAAAGUUUGGAUUUAGUUUUCAGCGACAACAGCAGGAUUUACGGCGGCGCCAGAGCUAAUGCUAAAGCUAGCGGUUUUGCUAGCGUCAAGGACGUCAUGAGAAGGAUGGGUCAGUGUCGUCACACAGGAGAUCUCAGGUACUUUUAUAAAAACAAAGUGAUUCAAUGUUUCCGGCAGGUGGAGGUGACGAAGGCCGUUUGAAGGAAGCGCCGCGAUGUCGCACAUCAGGAGGACGUUGCCUCUGUUAGGACGCCGCUCAGGUGUUUGCAGGCGUCAAACCGGCAGCCCGCCAGCUCGGACCAGCUCCAGCAGCGGGGCGGGGCUGGUCCUACGCUCCCAAUCCACCGAUGUGUACCAGAACCUUGCCCUGGAGGACUGGAUCGACGCCAACGUGGACCUGCAGCAGCGCAGAGUCCUGCUGCUGUGGAGGAACCGGCCGGCCGUGGUCAUCGGGCGCCACCAGAACCCCUGGGCCGAGUGCGACCUGCCGGCCAUGAGGAGGGCGGGGAUCCCCCUGGCCCGCAGGCGGAGCGGCGGCGGGACCGUCUUCCACGACCUCGGGAACCUCAACCUGACCUUCUUCGCCUCUAAGAAGGCGUACGACCGGCAGAGGAACCUGAAGGUCGUCACAGAGGCUCUGAGGCGGCUCCGGCCGGGACUGGACGUCCAGGCCACCGACAGAUUCGACAUUCUACUCAACGGACGCUACAAGAUCUCAGGCAGUGCGUCCAGACUGAGCAGGAAGUCGUCCUACCAUCACUGCACCCUGCUGCACUCCGCUGACCGCUCCGCCCUCGCCGCCGUGCUCCGCCCCUCUUGCCCCGGCAUCCACAGCAACGCCACGCCCAGCGUCCCCUCACCCGUCGCCAACCUGCUGGACCACGCCCCCUCGCUGCAGUGGGAGGAGCUGCUGGACGCCCUGGCGCACCAGUACAAUGCAGAGUUCAGCCUCAGCGCUGCACCGACCCUCGUCAACCCCGCCGAUGAGUCUGCAUUUCCUGGUCUCGGCAGGACGGCGGCGGAGCUGCGUGGCUGGGAGUGGACGUUCGGUAAGACGCCUAAAUUCAGCGUCCAAACCCUCCUGGACCUGACGGACGGCCGGCCGUCUGCUCGCAGCGCCGCCCGGCUGCGCAUGGAGGUAAAGAACGGCGUGAUCGAGAGCUGCGAGCUGGACGUCGCUGCAGACUGGCUGCCCCGGCGGCUGAGCGGCGAGCUGGGCGGCGUGCUGGUCGGGGAGAGGUUUUGUCGGCAGCGGGCGGCCGCAGCUGUCACCGCGCUGCUGCGGGCCGAGAGCGGCGAGCUGCAGAACAGGCUGCGCAGCCUGUGUGACGCCGUGCUGUCUGUGACGGGCUGAAACAACUCGGCCGCUUGUGCGGAGGGCGAUCCGUCGAUCCGUCCACGCUACUGCGCCCCCUAGUGACGCUCACAGAGACUCAGUGCGUCAUUUAAAAAGUCCCAGCGCCCCCCAGAGGCCGGCAGAGCAAACAGCAUCCUGAUCAUCUGUUCUGGGACGUUUACAUCAGUCAUAUUUACAACUGCAGCUGCUACGAUCAGCUAAUUAAUCGAUUAGCUGAUCGACAGAAAAUCAAUCAGCUGUUUAACUGACAUCCUGCUGCUGCCAUGGUGACGGGAACUCCUGCAAGUCAUAAACUUGUGCGUCACAUGGAAGAACAAAUGAAUAAAAGUGAGAAAUAGAAAUACCCGAUGAAGGUCAUAUAGACAGAAAUUGUGAAUAAAUAUACCUGUUUACUCUCGCA